AUGCCACAACAAGACGGAGAAUGGAGUCAAGUAAGCCGGAAGCGCGGGCGCAUCCGGAAUGUGCCAAAGCCCAAGACGGAUGCGGAUGAGAGCAAGGAGAAUGGGCUGGGAAUCCGACCAAAUCCAAACCCCGAAUUCACAGUCAGCGACAUCCACAAGCAUCACAAUACGGCCAGACAAGAGUGGCAGAUAUCGGAUUGCUGGGAGACCCUGAAGGACCUGCUUGCCACUGCUCGAUCCGAGUCCAACCAUCCACUCAUUACCAAAGCCAUCUGUUUUGGGCCUGGUCCCUAUGAUCCUAGCAAUGGCAGCUUUGCGGCCAGGCGAACCGCCCAUAUGCAGACCGCAGCCUUUUGCGCCAUUGUAGACUUCCUAGAAUCUCAAUGUGAUCACAAAAUCAAACGUGUCAUUCAGGAGCCCAUGUUCACCCAGAUCGACAAGGACUUCUGUGUCGAACUUGGGUUUGAAGUUGCCGAUACCCCAGAUGCAUUUCCCAUGGUCGAUGAACAUACUUUGGUCUAUGGCAUUCAUAUGGAGCUUCGCACGUAUUACCUUGCUCUGGCUACACUUCCAGCUGCAUUUAUCGGCGGAGGUUUGGAAGAAUGGGAAAAGGUUGUCGACUUUGACCCCAGCCUCAACGAGUUCAUUGGUCCCAUCUCCAAGAUGGAUGCCACUUACACCAAGUACCCUUUUCCCGACAUGAACUACAUAUUCUCCAGCACGACCAUGUACUGGCGGAAGGGCGACGACGCCCCUAACAUCCCAGGUAGUCCGAAAACGUCACUACAAGAACCCCCCCAGGCAUCGAAGCAGGCAUCGGACGUUACUGAAGCAUUGGAAGGCUUGAAGUUGUCGGGGCAAGCAUCAGAAGAGAAGGAACCUGAUACGGAGUCCUCCAAUCAUCCAGAGAAACUUGUGGAACCGAACAGUUGCAGAGAAUCGAAGCCACCGACCACUGAGGACUGA